UUCGUUUCUGUUAAACAUUCUAAUAUUUUUAUCUGUGCUUUAGUCUUGUACCUUUCAACUUUUGUAAUCUUAUAAGUCUUUCGUGUGAAACGUUCGUGUGCAAAAUGGUGAAAUCAUAGCAACCAUUCUCACAGUUUGUGCAGUGUGGGCCCAGCUGCUUGCAUGCUGUGAGGCGGACCGACGUUUAUUUGGGUUCGUGCGUGCGUGCGUGCGUGCUUACUUGACUGUGUGUUUAAUGUCAUUCAGACACUGCCAGCUCUUUGCCACACAGCAUCAUGAGUGAGUUAAAGGACUGUCCCCCACUGAAAUACUACGAUUUCAAGCCCGUCGAGCAUGUGAAGGUGUGUCCCCGCUACACCGCUGUGCUCGGCCGCUCAGAGGACGAUGGCAUCGGUAUUGAGGAGCUGGACACUUUGCAGCUGGAGCUGGAGACGCUCCUCUCUUCAGCCAGCCGCCGCCUCCGAGCCCUGGAGGAGCAGAGACAGAUCCUCACAGACUGGCAGGACAAGAAGGGAGAUAAACGCUUUCUGAAGCUGGGAAAAGACCCAGACCCUGCUGCCCCCUCUCGCCACAAACCAAAGAAGCAAAAGUUGGACAGCAAAGGCGGUCAUGGGCCAGGUCCAGGUCCUGGUAGACCCAAAUCUAAAAAUUUGCAGCCGAAAGAGUAUGAAUUUACAGAUGAUCCACAAGACAUUCCCCGCACUCCGAAAAAUGAUGCUCCCAACAGAUUUUGGGCAUCAGUCGAGCCAUAUUGUGCUGAUAUCACGAAUGAAGAGAUUCGACUGCUGGAAGAACUUCUGAAACCCCCGGAGGAUGAAGCAGAGUAUUUCAAAACUCCAGCACUUGGGAAACACUACUCUCAACGUUGGGCUCAGGAGGAUCUGCUGGAGGAGCAGAGGGAAGGAGCGCGAGCCAACGACAAGAAAAAGAAUCUCAUGGGAGGGCCGCUGUCUGAACUGGAUGCCAAAGACGUGGACUCUCUGUUGAAAAAGUCAGAGUCUCAGCAUGAGUCUCCAGAAGAUGGAUGUCCCUUCGGUCCUCUCACACAGCGCCUGCUCCAGGCCCUUGUAGAGGAGAACAUUAUAUCCCCCAUGGAGGAUUCUCCUAUACCUGACAUAUCAGGGAAAGAUGCUAAUGAUGGCGCUGGGACUUCUCCUCGAAGCCAAGGAAAAGCUUUUAGUGUUCCUCACACACGUUCUCUGGAGGCUCGGAUCAAAGAGGAACUGGUGGCUCAGGGGCUGCUGGACUCUGAGGAGCGACCUGGUCCAGGAGGAGACUCUGAGGAUGAGGUCCUGGCAGAGCUGCAGAAGAGACAAGCAGAGCUCAAAGCCCUGAUUGCUCACAACCGAGCCCGUAAGCAGGAGCUGCUCCGGUUGGCGAAAGAGGAGAUGCACAAACAGGAGCUGAGGCAGAGAGUCAGGGUGUCUGACAAUGAGGUCAUGGAGGGAUUUCGACGAAUCAUGGCAGCCAGGCAGAAGAAACGUACCCCGACCAAGAAGGAGAAGGACCAGGCCUGGAAAGCACUGAAGGAGAGGGAAAGCAUCCUCAAGCUACUGGAUGGAUAGAGAAAGAAACAGUUUGCGUCUGGUUUUUAUCCGGAGAAACCUCGGAAGAAAGGAAAGUGACACCGAUUAGAACAGCUGUGACAGCUGUUACAUGGUCUGUGAUGGUGUACGAAGCAGUUGACUGCAAGUCUGCGUAACUUCACUAGGGAUGUUUCUGUAGUAGUUUUUACAUCAUGCACAGCUGAAAGUUCGUUUGAAUUUUUCCGUCUUUGUAAUUGGAAUUUUUAUGUUGCUUUUUACUUUGUUUACCAUUGUAAUGUUAUGGAAACAACACACAUGAAUGUUUGAAUAAAUUGGUAUCGUCUAAAGACA